CCUAGGCGGCGCGUGCUCUUCCCGGCCGCAGCGCAGGUGUGAAAGUCACAAAUGUCGUCAAAUGAUGGAAGAUCCAGGAUUCGGGAGAGGGGCUACAAUGAGGUCCCAGGGGACUUGCCUCAUCAAGAUGGCACCAUAAGAACCCUCCAGACUCUUCACGACAGUGAGCUGGCUGUAAGCGCUGAUCCUUUGCCACCUCCCCCUCUCCCAUUACAGCCACCAUUCGGCCCAGACUUCUACUCAAGUGACACUGAGGAACCAGCCAUUGCACCAGACCUCAAGCCCGUAAGACGCUUUGUCCCUGACUCCUGGAAGAACUUCUUCAGGGGAAAGAAAAAGGACCCAGAAUGGGAUAAGUCAGUGUCUGAUAUCAGAUACAUCUCAGAUGGCGUGAAAUGUUCACCUCCUGCCUCUCCAUCAAGAUGCAACCACCGUUCUCCCCCCAGCUCCUACAAAGAUCCUUCUGGAGGGUCAGAAGGCACUUUUAAUUCCCCAAAAGAGUCUGAUGGGAUGUUUCCCCAGGAUCCCUAUGCAUCUCUGGACCGACACACACAGACAGCUCGAACAUACAGUGAGAAGGUGGAGGAGUACAACCUGAGGUAUUCCUACAUGAAGUCUUGGGCAGGUCUGCUGAGAAUUCUGGGUGUGGUGGAGCUGCUUCUGGGGGCCGGAGUCUUCGCAUGUGUCACAGCUUACAUUCACAAGGACAGCGAGUGGUAUAACUUGUUUGGAUAUUCACAGCCGUAUGGCAUGGGAGGCGUUGGUGGCCUGGGCAGUAUGUAUGGGGGCUAUUACUACAGUGGCCCCAAGACCCCUUUUGUACUGGUAGUUGCUGGAUUAGCUUGGAUUGCUACCAUUAUUGUUCUGGUUCUUGGCAUGUCCAUGUAUUACCGAACUAUUCUUUUGGACUCUAAUUGGUGGCCCCUAACUGAAUUUGGAAUUAAUGUUGCCUUGUUUAUCUUGUACAUGGCAGCAGCCAUAGUCUAUGUGAAUGAUACCAACCGAGGUGGACUUUGCUACUAUCCAUUAUUUAAUACUCCAAUAAAUGCAGUGUUCUGCCGAGUAGAAGGAGGACAAAUAGCAGCAAUGAUCUUCCUUUUUGUCACCAUGAUUGUCUAUCUUAUCAGUGCUUUGGUUUGCCUAAAGCUCUGGAGGCAUGAGGCAGCUCGGAGACACAGGGAAUAUAUGGAACAGCAGGAGAUAAAUGAGCCAUCAUUGCCAUCAAAAAGAAAAAUGUGUGAAAUGGCCACCAGUGACAGACAGAGAGACCCAGAAGUUAAUUUCAAAGACUUGAGAACAACAAAAAUGAAACCUGAAUUGCUGAGUGGACACAUCCCUGCGGGCCACAUUCCUAAACCCAUUGUGAUGCCUGACUACAUGGCAAAAUACCCUGUGAUUCAAACAGAUGAUGAACGGGAACGCUAUAAAGCUGUGUUCCAAGACCAGUUUUCAGAGUAUAAAGAGCUAUCUGCAGAAGUUCAAGCUGUCUUGAGGAAAUUUGAUGAGCUAGAUGCAGUAAUGAGCAGGUUGCCACAUCAUUCAGAAAACCGACAGGAACAUGAAAGAAUUUCAAGAAUCCAUGAAGAGUUUAAGAAAAAAAAGAAUGAUCCUUCAUUUCUGGAAAAAAAAGAACGCUGUGAAUACCUCAAGAAUAAACUCUCUCACAUAAAGCAAAGAAUUCAAGAAUAUGAUAAAGUAAUGAAUUGGGAUAUAAAUGGUUAUUCUUAAACCUUAUCUGAAACAACUUUUUUAU